GUGUUGGCGUUCGAGAAAAAUCGAAUCUGGAAAAUGCCCAAAAGCAGCUGGAGCUCGAACAAUGUAAUGAAAAGUGGCCAGGGCAACGAGGUAGCACCAAAACUUAGGCACAUGUGGAAGGAAUUUGAUUCUGCUCGAAAGUAGAAUGUUUUCAGUAAUCGUAUUAAUUGAAGGCAAAACAUCUUAGACUUCAUUUUCGAGUUCUCCCGAGUCCAUAUUAAACGUUACCAUUACAGAGAUGAGUGAGACCCUGAUCCGGGAUCGAACAUAAAUUAGGAAUCCCAAAUUGCAGGCCGAGACUCGAUAUUGCAAUGGGAGAUGGCAGAUGGGCCUGGGUAAGAAGCUCGCUCUUUAAUUAAUUCUUAGAACGGGUUUCAAGUAAAUACCCCGGACUCAUAUUGUACAUAUGGUGUGUAUGUAAGCGAGUGUCUGGAUGCUGGACGAUAACCGGUAAACAAGACGGCCAGCAAUUCCAAUUCCACUUCAUUUUUGGCAAUAUAAAGAGCUGUCCUCGCACACUUAGAGUCAAUUCACAGUCAGCUUCCCAUCCAGACAGCAACAUGCUCAAGAUUAUCAUCGUCUCCUUGGCCCUCUGCCUGGCCGUGGUUCUGAGUGCUCCGGUGAACCACGUCACAUCCACCACCCAGCCACCGGUGGCCAUUCUCGAGUCAUCCCACGAAAAGCACGAGGAUGGAUCGUACAACUUCUCCUACCUCGGCGAGGAUGGCACCCACAGACGAGAGGAGGCCGUGGUCAGGAACCAGGGCACUGAGAACGAGUACCUCGAGAUCAGCGGCUCCUACUCAUACUUCGAUGCCAAUGGGCAGGAGGUGACCGUAACCUACAAGGCCGAUGACCACGGAUUUGUGCCCGAGGGCGGAGCAAUCCUACCCCAGAUCUCGCUGGCCGCCAAGCUGGUCAGCGAACAGGUGUCCCAGCCCGAUCUUGACUAUUUUAAGCCUCCUAAGGUCUAAUAAACGAGGGACUCAAAUGGAA